AUGACCAUUGAAGAUUUUUUUGAGAAGCUUGUAUAUGGUGAAAUAUCGUCCGAUUUUUCAUUUGAUUUGAGUAGCCUUGAAAAGAUCAAACGUAUUGAGAUAAGUCAAACGCCUACUAGUGCUGCUAUUCAAGCAAGCCAAGAUUGUAAUAUUAUAGAACUUCUGAAUAUAUUUGGCACCAAUGUUUACUUUUAUCUAGAUGAAAUAGAUUUCACUGUAGAUAUAACACAACAAAAUAAAGAAUAUGCUAAUAGCGAAGGAAAAGAAUUUAUAACAAGUCUUACAGAAACAAUCUGGUAUAUUGAUAUGCGGGGUCAUGAUAAAUUAGAAAAUCGUGGACUAAAUCAUUCCUUAGAGAAUUGCAAUUAUGAAUUCAGCGAUGAACCUCAUGAUAUACAUGAUGAACCUCAAGAUAUAUACGAUAAGCUUCAAGAUACGUGCGAUGAGUUUCAAGAUACUUAUAAUGAACCUCAAAAUAUAUAUAAUAAUAAUGAUGAUAGUGCUGAUACUGAAAUUACAACUGUGACAGAAGAUCCAAUUCAAAAAAUCUUUGAGAAG